AAGUCAAUGGCCGCUUCCAUGGUUCUCUGUUUAUGUUCUAGUUCGCACACGGAAAUGCUCUUCGUAUGCUAACUUAUAGUGUUACUAGGCCGGCAGUUCAUUAGUGGCUUUGUGUGGGAAGUUCAGUGUAAAACGAGCCUUGACAAACAAGCUUUCGCCUCUCUAGCGAAUAAUUAACCCUCCUUUGCAAUGUAGUAGGCGUGUCAUAGCUCCGUCUCCAGCCCAGCUGGUUUGGGCACCCGUGUGAUUUCGGUGUCCCUCUGCCGAGUCCUUUUUUGCGGCAGUCAGAAAGAAUGGGCCGUCCUAGGGACAGGAUGUACUAUGACUGGCUAGUCUUGCCAGUAGCUCAAGAUGCACGAGAAAGAUGCACAAGCGUGCUCCAAAAAUUUCCCUGCGCCGCUGGUCGUGAUGUGGUUACAGCAGUGGUCCAUUCCCUUGCUGCCAACUUGGGCAUCAGUGGUGGCAACUGUGAACCGAGUACCCUGGUAUCAGAUGUUGAAGUCAACUGGUGUAUGGAGGUGAUAUGUUUUGGCCUGCAGCUGCCACUGUCUGAGCAUGAAGCCAUACGUGAUUGCGUCCAUGUGUACUGCGAGUGGCUGCAGGCCCUGACUCAGCCAAAGCCUUGCGUUCCCAAGCCUGUACAGGAUGAUGCAAAUCAAUACGUCCGGCGCAUGUUACGUCACCUCUACAACCUCUUUGUGCCACGUGAAGAUGGGCAAAAUUCGGACACAAUCAGUCGCCAAGCUGUUUUGUGCCAUAGAGUGCUGCGGCGACUUCAAGCUGUCGCGCAGGAGUCUGUAUGCAUUGAAAAAGCGACGUGGGAUGAAAUCCUUCUCUUUCUGCUGGCAAUCAGCGACACCUUGUUAGCACCUCCCUCUGGAAAAGACGACAUAGGCAGCCACCUGUGUGAGCGUAUUUUAACGGUGCUUUUCGAGGUGUGGUUGCUGUCCUGCCAACGUUGCUUUCCGUCUCCGAACUUGUGGAAAACCUUGCGUGAGCUUUGCUGUACUUGGCGGCACCGUGCCGCACUCGUUGUGCAAUGGAAUCGUGUCAACUUGCUUUUAACCGCUCGAAUGUUGAGGCUCAUGUACGGGCAUCACUAUCCAGAAGUUAAGAUGGAGGAUGAGCUGCACGUGCUACCGGCGGAGAUGUGCCAAGAAAAUGUGGCGCAGGCGUGGUACCGAUUCUUGCACGUGCUCGGAGAUCCCGUGGACCUGUGCCGCCCGGAAGUUAUCAGCCAGACUCCUGGCUUCUACAGCAUGCUAGAAAGAAAUGACACUAUCGUUGACCCCUUCCAGAACCCAUGCCUGGCUGUCUUGCCUCAGAUCUUUCACCGGGCCAUGGCGGGCAUUGCUAUGCUCGUCGAUGCAUUUCUUGGUAUCAGUCACACAGCGGCUGAAGAUGAGCAUCAAAAGCAACCAUCAUCUCAUUCAGCAUCUGCGUCCAGCGUCUCGUCCACUCCGUCAACUGCACCGACCACAACGCCUCCACAUCAGCGAAGAGGAACAAACAGGAUAACGGCCAUUCCAAAUUUCAAAGGCAUGACAAAGCCAGGCGUAUUUGCGAACAUUCGUUCGGGCGGCAGUACUUCAUCUUCGACAGCCCAACCUCAGCCCCAACACCCAUCGCUGGCAUCAACGCCCUCCACCCCGUUACCGCUGCCGCCGUUCUUGCGUUCCACUCCAUCGUUGUUACGUCCUCGAUGCAACUCGGUUCUUCAUCUCUAUGGGUCUUGGCUCUUCGAAGCUGUACUUGUUGGAUCUGACCUUGACGCGCACUGUGUCAGUCCAUCGUCUACUGCUCCAUCCGAGAGUGGUGACUCAGCACAUUCACGCACAAGUUCCCUGCUGGAGUCAACUAGUUCUGGGCCUCGUAGCACGGGCGGUGGAGGGUCCCUACCAGGGAUGCCAGACUCCAUCGAGAUUCCUCCGUGCUUGAAUGCGGAAAGCUUUGAAGCCGGCCAGGCAGAAGCAGCGGGAGCACUCUGUCGCCUCUUCUGUUCGAAACGCACGGGCGAGGAGAUACUUCCUGUCUACUUUGCCCGAUUUUACCUGUCACUGCGCCAUGUGUUGUGCAACAUUGAGACAAAAAGCCAGGUUGUGGCUAGCAUCCUACUCAACUCGUGUGACCUUUUUCGUCAAGACCUGGAAGGAGUGAAUGUCCUCUUACCGCUCUUCUUUCAUGCCCUUGAAUCUGUCUUCUCACCUGAUAAAGAAUCUAAGAUAAGGUCUGUUCCGAACGUCUCCCAAGUGGAUCUUCGAUGUGCCGCAACUCAUCAUCUUCUGUCCAUGCUCUCGUUGCCUCUGCACUAUGGCAAUCUGCAGUUCAAAGAUUUCGGAACUGGCCAGUCCGUGACGUUUCAGACAUUGCGUCCCAGACUCAUGAACCUGCUCAUUGGCGCCCUGCAGAAUGAGUCCGACUCCACCAACACUCAAAUGUUAUUAGGGGGUCUACUGUUCUGUGUCCAAGAUGCAACAGCUUAUGAGGAAGCAAAUCAGGUGACUCAGCCUUCUACCCAAGAAAACUGUCCCCCCAAUAUGACAUACUCCAACCUUCUGUGCUCAGACGAGGAGCUCCCAAGUUCCUACAGAGCAAAAUCGCAUAGUUUGACACCUGAGCUGGAGCAAGAUUCAUUUCCAGAGGAAAAUCUUGAUUCUGCAAGCGCGCUAUUUGUGCGGGCUAUCUAUUUGAUUUGUCACCGUCUCAUCUCGUCAUGGAAGAGUGACACUCACGUGUCUCUAGCUGCUUUGGAGGUGCUCUCUGGUCUGGCUAAGGUGCACAGAAAUCAGCAAGAUGCGCCGGAGUGCCGCCGUGCCGUGAAGUGGAUCUGUGACUUCAUCGUGUUUCAGUGCCAGCGACCUCCGCCUGCACAUUCGCGUGACUUGCACUCGACCAUUGUUGCCGCUUUCCAGUGCUUGACGGCGUGGCUUGUGGAACACCCGCUUCUCCUUCAGGACAACGAAUGUGUCAACUAUGUCCUCGAGGUGGUCGAACUCGGAAUAUCGGGGUCCAAGUCCCAGCCCAAGAUCUCAGAUACACCUUUGAUGAAAGCAGAAAAAGAACUGAAGCCAUCGUCACUUCGUGUUGGGGAUGCGGCUGAAGCCUUGUUGUCGUGCAUGAUGGAUCAUGUGGGUUACUUUCCAAACCGUGCUGGUCCUGAAGCUCUGUCAUCGUUGCUUAAUGAAGAGAUGCUCCUCAAGUACAGCAAUGCAGAUACGAAGUCGUCAACACCAGAGUCCGCUGGAAAGCACUUCCGCUACUUUAUCGCGCAGAACUCCGCCAUUGUGGCAAUUUUAGAGCAGAACCUCGGGAACGACCAAGGGGCGCUGCCUACGGUAACGCUGCUCGUGAGGGUUCCAUUCGGACGUCAUGCCUGGACGAUGCAGCUGAGACAUCUGCCACGACACAAGUCUGAAGCACACUGUGUCAUCUCAAAUCCUGGACGUCCAUCCCCAUGCUAUGACCAACACGUUCGCAGUCACCCGCCUCCGAGCUACUUUCCUGAGAGCAUCGAGGACAUUCCUGUCUGUAAGAUUGACAAAAGCAUCCCAGAUUUGUCAUCAACUGCACUGACCAAGGAGCAAGCUCAAAUACUUGGAUUCAUUGACCAACAGUCCAAAAUGGAGAAGAGUGUGUGCCGCCAAUGGGAAGAUGCAAUGCGGUCCCAAGAGUUUCCCAACCCAGAGACGGACUUCAAGGCACCGAGUAUCUGUCAAGAGGUCCAGACUGCACGUCUCUUCCUCUCACAUUUAGGGUUUCUGUGGGAUGACUUUGGCACGAAUCACACAAAUGGCUAUCCACUGAUGGCACUGGACAAUUCCCAAGAAGGCUACUAUGCAGCUCUGGAAGCAUUGGACAACAUUCCAUCACGAACGAAUGACACAAUGUUUGUGUUCUACGUCAAAGAUGGACAGACAUCUGCUAAUGACAUACUCGGCAACGUUACAAGCAGCAAAAAUGUACAUCCACAGUUCUUGGAAUUUCUGCGAUCUCUCGGGUGGCCAGUUGAUGUAGGGAUGCACACGGGUUGGACCGGGAAUCCGGCAACGUCUUGGAAAGUAACGAGCGGGGACUUCAAUAUUGCUGAUCUGCCAUCAGAUCAUGGUGGAAGCCUCUACAGUGGUCACAACCAAGUUCUUUACUGGUCUGACGUCAUGUCAGAACUUGUUGUGAUUGUGCCGUCUCCGAAAAACAUUCCCAAAGAGGACAACGCUGAACUGAUGCCACGGCCGAAAGCUGAAAGUUGUUCGGAAAGGCCAGUGAGCAGCAUGGAGGAAGCAACACAGGAGUCGAGCCUAGAGAAGUCACGAGCAAUGUCCUUCAACUAUGACUUAGUCGAGGGACCACCAGCCAACAGACCACCGCGUUCCCGGCAAUCACGAGCCCUAACCCACUUCUUGGGUGACCUCAAAGUCCUUGUCGUGUGGUUGGAGAGCUUUGAGGAUCACAUUACGUUCCCUCUCGGUGACCUUUUGCCAGCUACUAACGUUGGACAUGACUCAUCAACGUCAAGUUCUCAUUCGACAAGGGACCUGUUCAUCAUCUUUGUGCAUGCCCUGCAGAGCGGACUGUUCAGAAUCAAGAUCCAGGGACGAGGGAGCAAAACGUCACAAGCCCUCCCUCUCAUUGAUGGGAUGGUAGUGAGCCGCAGAGUGCUUGGCGUGCUUGUCCGCCAGACAGCGCUGAGUGUGUGCCGAAGACGACGCCUCGAAGCAGAAAUGUGCCCUCCACCACACGCUCGUCGACGCACAAAGAUCCAGGACAUCGGAAAAAAGUUUCAGCUCCAGCAGACUCAGCCGCAGCUUCAUGAGGCCUUGUUUAGAAGCACGUGUUGAAUGAAGGAAUGGAAAAAAGUGUACUAUAGUUGGAAGCCAGCUACGUUUUGCAUGACAUAGCAUCCGAUCUAUUUAUUUACCAAUGCCUUGGCGACUUCUUAAUUCAGAACCUCAGUCGAAAGUGCCAUGUUUGUUUGCUGGAAUCACUCCUUGUGGAAGUUGUGACAUUAAAGGAGCAAGGAAAUGGCA